AUGUAUACGUCUAGGCUGUUUUUUAUUACUAUUAUUAAAUUAGUAGUAAUAGCUAUUGCUGGACAAGUUUGGCCACCGUAUGAAAUGUAUGAUACAUUUUAUAAUUCACAUCCAUAUCAAGGAUACGGUGGUGGAUGUAUGAAUGUCAUGAUGACCGAAGUGCCAUGUCAACAGCGCUUCAGACAAUGGAGCCUCUAUCCGAAUUAUCAAUUGGAAAAUUACAAUACAAGACCGUAUAUUGGAAUAAUGCCGCAUGUGUUUAUGCCAUAUGAUCGUAGUGAUAGAAUGUUACGUCAGAAUACCGGAAUUCCGGUAGAUUUCCUGAAUCAUGGCAUUUUGUUAAAUAAUGCUGAAGUAGCAACAAUGGAUGGCAACGGUCUAACACCAAAAUUAUUAGGAGCUAAUAUUCUGAAUGAUAAGAAUAGAUUUGUGCCUAAUGGAUGUUCCUAUGAUACAAAUGAUCAUAAAUGUAUCGACAGUUUAAAUCUUUGCAAGGGAAAAUGCAAAAAUUUUGGUAAUAAUUUAACUCAUGAUUGUCGAUGUGUACCGGAAGAUUUGUUAACUCUUUUAGGCUUAGCUUAA